AUGAGCAAGAAGGCUGGGGCACCCGCAUUGUCGGCCAAAGUCGCGCCCAAACCCCACAAGAACCCAGCCCCCAGGCCACCCAAAGCCGGCCCGCCCGAGAUCUCCCGACACCGUGCCCAUGAGAGCCAUGAGCCACCCGCCAGCAGCCGCACGCCCAAAAUCGACUCACCCGCCGACGACUCUGCGAAAGCAUUUGUGCCGCUUGAGACCGGCCUGCGCCGCAUCCAGCUCCAAGGACUCGUCGAUGCGAUCAAGCCCAUCCUCACGCAUCCUGUGCGGCCAUACACGCCCCUGAUCCUCGACAGGGCAGGACACACCGACGCCUUCUUCACGUACGCGAGCGAAUACGGCGGGCUCUUUGUGGAUGCCAAGAAGUUCCUCUCGCAAGUAUCGAUCCAGAAAACCAUGGAUCUCGCGCAGGCGCUCGAGGAAAUGCGCCGGACGCUCGUCAGCGCAAUGAAGUACGGCAAGACGCUGGUCAUCCGCAUGGCCAACACCGCCGUCGACUUCCAGAGCAAGUUCACGGGGCCAACGACCUUCCCGACUGCCGAUCUCUUGGUCGAGGGGGGCCGGCGCUUCCACGAGGAGCGAUACUGGCGCUCUGUCGUGCGCGACGAGGACAUGGAUACAGGGUGUUUUCUCUGCCGCCCCGAGUUCUGCGUUGUCGUGACGACGACAUUUGCCAAAGAGGACUAUAGGGAGUAUCUUGAGAAGGCCCUGCCGCUUGGCGAAAUGAUCCCCGUGUGCAUUGACGAGUGA